UAUUUUUUCCUCUCCUUCCUCUUCUCCAAUUCACAUUUUCUCGUCUAAAGAAUUUCAUUUUUUUCCUUUCUCUUUAAAAGCUAUCAUUCUCUCUCUCUCUCUCUCUCUCUCUCACAUUACGAGAAGGGGUUUCUCUUUCAAGAAUUCAUGUCGGAAAAGGGUCGUCCUUUGCCAAAAUUUGGUGAAUGGGAUGUCAAUGAUCCUGCAUCAGCUGAGGGAUUUACUGUGAUCUUUAACAAGGCGAGGGACGAGAAGAAAACAGGUGGCAAACCUGAAUCACCAUCAGGAGGUGAUCCUCAUGUUAAGCCUGGAGCGGAUCCCAGCAAAACCCAGCCUAAAAAAUGGCUUUGCUGCAUGCACGCCCCGCCUGCGGAAUCUUGAAGUGAUCCUGCCUGUAUAAGAGCUUUUCCACAAGUAUGUUCAAAACCCCACCAACCUGAACAAGAUAGAAUCUAUGGGGCUGAAUAAACCCUUCUAUAUAUAUUACUUAUUUUUAUAUAUAUUUUGUGGUGUAAAAUUAAAUUUUGGUGGGAUGAAAUGAAAGAGCAAAGAAGACAAAAAACACUUGUUGUAUCUAUAUAUGUACUGAAUUGGUGGGUUAUAUAUUAUUAGAAACGGAGUUAUUUCUGGUC